AUGGUCAAUCUCACUGUGGUGACAAGAUUCUUCCUCAUGGGCUUUUCCAACACUUGGGAGCAACAAGUCUUACAUGCCAUCCUCUUCUUGCUGAUCUACCUGGUGGCUCUGAUGGGCAACACGCUCAUUUUUACUCUCAUCUCUCUGGAUGGUAAAUUCCAUACCCCUAUGUACUUCUUCCUAAAGAAUCUGUCCUUUUUAGACCUCUGCCUUAUUUCCACCACAGUCCCCAAAUCAAUUGCAAACUCUCUAAGUCACAGCUGCUCCAUUUCUUUUUGGGGGUGUGUAUCACAGCUCUUUUUAAUGAUGUUAUUUACAUCAUCAGAGCUUUUUCUCCUCACAGUGAUGUCCUAUGACCGCUAUGUGGCCAUCUGUCAGCCCCUGCACUAUGAACUCAUCAUGACCAGAGGGGCUUGUGUGAAGAUGGCAGCUGUUUCCUGGUUCAGUGGAGGUUUGUUGGGGGCCCUGUACUCAGCUAGUACAUUCACUUUGCCCUUUUGUGGUUCCAAGGAAAUCCACCAGUUCUUCUGUGAUGUCCCUGCCUUACUCAGGAUCUCCUGCUCUGAGACACACCUUGCAGUUGAUGUCAUUAUGGCUUUUGGGUUUGGUUUAGGAACUUUCUGCUCUAUUUAUAUCACAAUCUCUUACAGUCAUAUCUUUUCAGCUGUACUGAAGAUUCCAACCAGAGAGGGUAGAUCAAAAGCUUUCUCCACUUGCCUGCCCCACCUCAUUGUUUUCAUGGUUUUUAUCACAACAGCUGUCAUUGCUUAUCUAACGCCAUCCUAUAAAUCUGACUCAGUUCUAGAUCUGUUGUUGUCCAUGUUCUAUACAGUUGUGCCCCCAACUCUAAACCCUGUCAUCUAUAGCCUGAGGACCAAGGACAUGAAGACUGCUCUGAUGAAACUUAUAGCCUGGAAAUACUUCUCAAAGGGAUCAAUACCAACGUCUUUUCCAUGA